UUAGAUCCUGCUCUGGAGCCAAUUCUUCUCAAGCAGACCUUUGUGUCAGGCGGAAGAACGCUAAUUCGCCUUGGAGACUCUGACAUUGAUUAUGAUAAGAACUUUAGGUUCUAUAUGACAACUAAAAUGCCAAAUCCACAUUAUCUUCCUGAGGUGUGCAUUAAAGUGACUGUAAUCAAUUUCACUGUGACCAGAUCUGGCCUUGAGGAUCAGCUGCUAAGUGAUGUUGUAAGGAUUGAAAGACCAGAUCUAGAGGAACAGAGAAACCAGCUUAUUAUCCGCAUAAAUUCUGACAAGAACCAGUUGAAAGCGAUUGAGGAACGGAUACUAAAGCUACUUUUUACAUCGGAGGGGAAUAUCCUGGACAAUGAGGAACUUAUCAAUACCCUUCAGGAAUCAAAGAUAACUUCUGGUGCUAUCAAAACUAGGCUGCAAGAAGCUGAAGCCACAGAACAAAAGAUUAAUGCA